CUACUCGCAAUAAACCAUCCAGGCAUUUCGCGACUGGUCCCCACGUGUACCACGAUUCCGUGGCACUCUUGCCCGUUCGGCUCGGUCUGGCCUCGGAGUACCACCACUCAAAGAGGUAUGUAGUAUGUAACUGUAUGUAGCUGGGGGAAAUUUCUUUAUAAAAGCUCAAUGGGCUGCUGCCCCCGAUCGCCAAUGUCCGAGUCAGAAAGAGAGAGAGAGAGAGAGAAAGAGAGGUAGAAAGAUCUUCAGUGGUUUGCCCUCCGCGGAAGUGUUCUCAUCAUCCGUCACUUCUUAAAACUACUCCUCCUCCAUCAUGAAGGGCGUUCUCUGCUGGGCCGUUGCCGGCUUGCAGCCUCUCCUCUCCGCGGCCUUGACUAUUUCCGAGAUCAACGGCAACAGGUACAUCUCGCCCUACAACGGCAAGACUGUCAGCGAUGUCACCGGUCUCGUUACUGCCAAGUCCUCCGCCGGUAUCUACAUCCGCUCGACCACCCCGGACGAUGAUGAGGCCACUUCCGAUUCCAUCUACGUCUUCAGCAGCACCAUUGGCAGGACCGUCGACGUCGGCGACAUCAUCAACCUGGGCAGCGCCAAAGUGUCUGAGUACAGGUCUUCCAACACCUACAUGUACCUGACCGAGCUCACCAACCCAUCGGACAUCACCGUUGUGUCCAGCAACAACGCUGUCACUCCUCUCGUCAUCGGCAAGGACACUCUCUCGCCUCCCACCGAGCAGUUCACCAGCCUCGACGAAGGCGACAUCUACAGCGUCCCUAACGCUCAACAUAACAUUUCUGCCGUCAACCCUGUUCUGAAGCCCGCCCAGUAUGGCCUCGACUUUUGGGAGUCCCUCACCGGCGAGUUGGUCACCGUCAAGGCCCCCACUGCCCUCAAGAUCCCCAGCAGCUACCGGGAUACCUGGGUCAUCGGUGACUGGAAGGUCACUGGCAAGAACGACGCCGGUUCUCUCACCAUGAGCGCCAAGGACUCCAACCCCGAAACCAUCCUCAUCGGCGCCCCCCUCGACUCCACCAAAAACCCCACCACCACCAAGCUCGGCGACGCCCUCGAAGACAUCACCGGUAUAGUCACCAACACCUACGGCUUCUACACCAUCCUGCCCCUCACCGCCAUCAAGAUCAAGACCCCCUCCGCGCUCACCCCGCCCCCUACCAGCUUGGUCUCCUCCGGAUCCUGCAACGGUCUGACAGUCGGCACCUACAACGUCGAGAACCUCGCGCCCACAUCCGCCCACAUGCCCAAGGUCGCCUCGCAAAUCGUCAAGUACCUCAAGUCCCCCGACCUGCUCUUCAUCCAGGAAGUCCAAGACAACACGGGCGCUACUGACGAUGGUGUGGUGUCCGCCAACAAGACCUUGGCCACCUUGAUCUCCGCUAUCCAGAGUGCUGGCGGCCCGACUUAUGACUAUGUCACCAUCGAGCCAGUAAAUGACGAAGACGGUGGACAACCGGGUGGCAACAUCCGCACUGCCUAUCUUUACAACCCCUCCAUCCUCAGUCUCAAGAACCCGAACCCGGGCUCCAGCACGGAUGCCAACGAGGUCAUCGUUGAUGCCGAAACGGGCCAGCCGAGCCUCAAGUUCAACCCUGGCCGCGUGGACCCCCUUAACGCAGCAUGGAGAGCUACGCGCAAGCCGUUGGUUGCCGAAUGGAUUGCCAAAGACGGAAAGAAGCCCUUCUUCACGGUGAAUGUGCACAUGACCUCCAAGGGCGGGGGUAGCAGUGUGCAUGGCGAUGUGAGGCCGCCGAUUAAUGGCGGGGUUGCGAAACGCACGCAACAGGCGGAGAUUACGGCCAAGUUCAUCUCGAAGAUUUUGCAAGCCGACCCGGCGGCUCGUGUGAUUGCUGCUGGUGACUUCAACGAGUUCGCCUUUGUCAAGCCGCUGACUACUUUUGCUGAGGUGUCGGGGCUGAAGGAGCUUGAUGAGGCUUUGAACACUCCAGUUGAAAACCGUUAUACCUACUCCUACGACAUGAACGCCCAGGCCCUCGAUCACAUGUACAUCUCCCCUGUUCUCGCUUCCUCCAAGAGCAAGUUCCAGCACAUCCACGUUAGCUCGUGGGUGACUGAUUCUGCUGUUGUUUCGGACCACGAUCCUAGCGUUGCGCUGUUCGAUGUGUGCGGAGGCGCGGAUUCGAAUAAGAGGGUUCAUAAGCUUUAAGCUGAAGAACAUGUGAUGUGACUUUGUCGAAUUUUCCGAUUGGAUAGGUCUUGGAUAUAACAGGAUGGAAGUCAUAGCCUGUGUAUUAUGUAAAAAAUGGAAUCAUGUGAAAGAAGGAUGUCGAUCUGUACCUGUGCUUGGUGAUGGUAGGUGAUUUGCAAAGCUCCAUGAAGAGACUCACAAGGGAACACCUGGUCAAAAGAAAAAAAAAACCAACGUUCUAUUUUUUUCCAACAACCCGCAAAAA